GCUGUGUGCUCUAGAUGAAAGAUCUGAGUGCUGAAGGAACCAAAGAGACUGAGGUUGGGAAACACCAAACUGUGCUUCAUGCCAACAGGCUGUGGAAUCUGUUGCUCAAGUUUUUUCACCUGCAUGUCAUUCAGCUGCAGGUGACUGAUCCAAAUGGAGACGCAGAAGAGAGGCCAGUGGGCCAAUAAGAGGGAGUUCCUGCUGGCAGUCGUUGGAGAAAUCAUCGGCCUGGGAAACGUUUGGAGAUUUCCAUACCUCUGCUUCAAAAAUGGAGGAGGUGUUUUCCUGGUGCCUUACGUGUUGUUCCUGGUCACCUGUGGAAUCCCCAUAUUUUUCCUGGAGGUGUCAAUGGGACAGUUAACAGGUCAAGGUGGAAUCACAUGCUGGAGGAAAAUAUGUCCUUUAUUUGAAGGUUUAGGUUAUGGGAGUCAAGUGAUCAUGCUUUACACUGUGAUGUAUUAUAUCGUCAUCCUGGCCUGGGCCUUCCUCUACCUCUUCUCUUCCUUCACCUCUGAACUCCCCUGGGCCAGAUGCAACAACACCUGGAACACAGACGACUGCAUUGACAAUCAUCUGAAUCGAUCGUCAAAUGGCUUCGUUUUUGAGAAUGCAACAUCUUCAGUGGAAGAAUUCUGGCAGAGACGAGUACUGGGUUUGUCUGGAGGACUGGAGGAGGUCGGGAGUGUCCGCUGGGAUCUGGCUGGAUGCCUGCUGCUCAGCUGGAUCGUCUGUUACUUCUGCAUCUGGAAAGGAGUGAAGUCUUCAGGAAAAGUUGUGUACUUUACAGCCACCUUCCCCUAUGUGAUGAUGACUGCGCUGCUCAUCCGUGGUCUGACUUUGCCAGGAGCCAUGGAUGGGAUUUGGUUUUACCUCUCCCCUGAUCCCACCCGUCUGACUGAUCCUCAGGUGUGGAUGGACGCUGGGAGUCAGAUUUUGUUCUCCUACGCUGUGUGCACUGGUUGUUUGGCAUCUUUGGGAAGUUACAACAAAUAUGACAACAACUGCUAUAAAGAUGCUUUUGCCCUCUGCCUCUUAAACAGUUUAACCAGUUUUGUAGCCGGUUUUGCAAUCUUCUCUGUCCUUGGCUUCAUGUCAUAUGAGUUGGGUGUGGAUAUUUCAACGGUGGCUGAAUCAGGUCCUGGUCUGGCCUUCAUUGCGUAUCCUCGUGCAGUCGCCAUGAUGCCUUUACCUCAACUAUGGGCUGCGUUCUUCUUCAUCAUGAUUAUCUUCCUUGGAUUGGACAGUCAGUUUGUGUAUCUGGAAGGUUUGGUCACAUCUAUAUCAGACAUGUAUCCAUCGUUUUUCUUCGCUGGUCAUCGUCGUAAACUCCUCCUGCUGAUCAUCUGUGGACUUUCUCUGCUCAUUGGUCUGAGCAUGGUCACUGAGGGAGGACUUUAUGUGUUCCAGCUUUUUGACUAUUACGCCUGCAGUGGAAUCCCACUGAUGGUUUUUGCCAUUUUGGAGACACUUUGUAUAGGAUGGAUUUAUGGAGCUGAUCAUUAUUACAAUAAUGUUGCUGACAUGAUCGGCUACCGCCCGUGGCCGUACAUGAAAUACUGUUGGAGGUUCAUCACUCCAGCUGUGUCUACGGGCAUAUUGCUUUUCUCUCUGGUGAACUUCACCCCUCUGCGAUACAACAACACCUACCAGUACCCCUGGUGGGGUUAUGCUCUGGGGCUUUUCCUGGCCUUCUCUUCAGUGUUCAUGGCUCCUCUGUGGUUUCUUUACAGUUUGGCUGUGACUCCAGGAACACUGAGAAAGAGACUCAAAGUGCUGACCACUCCAUCAGAAAAACUGAGCCGGGCCGUGCCAGUUCCUCUUAGCUUAACCGGAUCUUAAAGUGAAACUUAACAGAUAAUCAUGACGUGUAUCAGAUACGGAGGAAAAAGACCUAGUAUCUGGACGUUAAAACAUAUCGAUGACCAAAAUACAAAACCUUCUAUUUGAAAAAUCACUUUUUCAGGAAACAAAAAAAAAAACGUGGAUCCUGGAAGAUUCUGUUGGGUUUCUGUAAAUUGGCUUAGAGUCUAGUUUUGACCAACUCUAUAUGUAAAGAGUCAUGAAAUAAGUUUUGUUAUAAUUUGGUGCUAUAUAAAUAAAAUUUGAUUGAUUGAUGGUUUAGUUUUAUUAUCGUAUGGUCUUUGUUGCUGUCGUCAGGUGACCUUCAUGUCAUAGGAAAGGGCAGGAUUAUCUUGUAGAUCGACUGAAAAUGUGGAGUCAUCCUUGUUCUCACCAUUUAAUGUGAAAACUCAAAAUCUAAAAAUUUGCAGAUAGGAGAUUUUGUUUUUUGGCCAUCGAUAUGGGUCAGUCCAUGUGAAAACACCUUAACCCUCACAACUGACCAUCUGAGUUUUUAUUUAUUAUUUCAGAAAGUAACGUCAUUAGGCCUAGUAAACACCAUGCAAAGUGUCAGCCUUAGAUCUCCAUUAAUUUAAGAAAAUAAACUGUGAUUAAACUAUUAGAAAAAAAGAAAAUAAACUAUGAAAAUGAGUAGUUCAAUAAGUCAUUACUUUUUAACCAUUCACAAUAGAUGAUUGAUGUUUUCUGUUCUUUUUUUUUUAAAGGUACAAUAUGUCUUUAAACCAAGUCUUAACCAUGACUGUUCUUGUUGAAAAGACAAAGAAAAGACAGUUUUACUGACACUGAAACGGGUGCAUUCAGCACACUGAACACACUGAAUACCACACAACCCACCUCUGUUUUUUCAGUCAGGCAUUUAGUUUUAUUUACAUUUAUAUUUUGCUGUUUCUUCAAUUUAAAAAGUUAAGAUUUUGUACAUGUUUGAGUUAUGUCACAUUAUUAGCAACUUGAUGAGACUCAGACAGACUCUAGAAUCACUAUGUAUUUAUAUUCAGACAUAUAACGUGUAGCAUUUUGUGUGUGUGUGUGUGUUGUUUUAAUGUAUUGUUGAACUUUAGUGACCUAAAAAGGCGUGGACACUGUGUAAUUAUGCACACAUUAUAACUGAUGAUUCAUGAAUCCUAUUAAUAUCUAAAAUUGUGACAAUGAAGCUACGUUGUAUUAAGAUAUUUUUGUGUUUCAGCGACCUAAAGAGACAUUUAUACUCUGUAAAAA